AUGCAGCCUCUUUUAUAAUCUAUUGAUCCUGUAAAUAAUAUCAAUAGAGAACUCCAUGGAUAUGGAUUAUCAGGGGCUACAUUUGUUAAUGUAUUAUUAUUGAUUUUAUUUACCUAGGAAUAAGCCUCAGAUGUAUAAAGAAUAUAUUAAGAUUUAUAUUCAAAAGUUAAAAAUGGAGAUGACAAGGGAGUCAGAUAUCUUCUUGGAAUUAAUGAUGAUGACUCUUUUAGCCAAAUUCAACCAAUCAAUAUUCAUACUUCUUUUGAUGAAAAAAGAAAUACUUUGCUAAUGUUAGCUGUUUGGAAAGAUUAGACUAAACUUUUUACCGAUCUAAUCACAUAUUCACUUAAAUAAUUUGGGUAUCUAUUCAUUAUGCAAUUCUAGAGAGUCUUAAACUUAAUAGUGGGUAACUCAAUAAAAUGAUUCUGGUAAUUAAUGCAUGCAUCUAGCCACUUAAAAAGGUAAUAUAGCAAUUCUUGAUACAAUUCUUAAGUUAGGAAUCAAAUUAGAUUAGAAAACUAGAUAAGGAUAAACUAAUUUACACAUUGCAUCAUAAUCAGAUUAACCUCUAAUGUUAUAUUAUUUAGUGAAAAUUGCCAAAGUUAACAUUGAUAUUAUGGAUAAUGAUAAUAGUACAGCUUUGCAUUUGGCCAGUUAUUCAGGUAGUGAAUAAUGUGCUGCUUUACUGUUGUCUUGGGGAUGUAAAAUAAACUGUAAAAAUAUAUUUGGAUGCACACCUUUGCAUGUUUCAGCUAUUAGUGGAGAAUACAAAAUUACAAGAAGAUUAUUACUUUAUAAUGCUAAGACAAGAUUAAAAAAUAAAUAGGGCAGGACUGCUUUUUAAUUGGCUAUUGAGAAUGAUUUUUCAACAAUUAGUUAAAUGAUUUAAGAAUAUUAAGAGGGAAAUAUAAAAUGCAGCAAUAUAUUUGGAUAGAAAAAUAAGCCUAGAAUUGUAUUAUUAUAUUAAUAUUUAUAUCUAGAAUCAAAAGUUCAGAUUAUAAAUGUAUUCUUUCAUUUUAAUGUUAAUAGUCAAUCUAAUCUAUUAAGUACUUUUUACAAUUGGAAAUAAUUUGUUUGGUUACAUAUAAUUUAUUUGUGAUAUAUUGGAGGUCCUUUUAUUUAUAUAUAUUGUUAAUUCUGAUCCUGGAUGUUAAGCUAAAUACAAAGAAGAUGGAUAAGUAUUUUACUAAAUAUUAUAAAAUAAUCCAAAAAGAUUUUAAAUAUGUACAGAAUGUGAAACUCUAAAGGCUAAAAGAAGUCGUCAUUGUGAUUUUUGUAAUAAAUGUGUCAUAGUAUAUGAUCAUCAUUGUCCAUGGAUAAAUAAUUGUAUCGGAGCUAAAAAUCAUUUUUAAUUCAUGAUUUUUAUUUUCCUCACCUUUAUAAAUAUAGGUUUUCAAUUAUUUAUUUCGAUUAUUCUUUUUACAGAUAUAGUAUGGAAUAAAACUUUAAUAGGGAUUACAUCUGAAGAUUAUUAUUAAUGGCAUUAGCUUGAUAUGUUAUAUAAUUACCUCAGUGAUUUUAGAAAAUAUUUAAGUAUUUCAAAAGGAGUUUAGAUAGAAUACAUUGCAUUGGAAUUGUUAAUAACAUUAAUGUUUUUUUUUUUAUUAAGUUGUUUAUUAUGUACAUAGCUGAAGAAUAUGUAUUAUAAUAGAACAACUUUUGAGAGAUUAAGUAAAAAAUACAGAGGAGGAUUUAAGUAUUAUUAUUUUAAUAAGUUAUUAGUAAUUAACAAUCAAGUUUAUUAGAAAGUAGUUAUAUCGAGAAUGAUAUUAAGAAUACAAAUUGUCUAAGAAAUUCUUUAUUAUUAUUGUGUUAUAAUAAGAAUUAAGAGGAAUACAAUUAUGUAUAUCACGAUAAUACAAGCCUUACAACAGCAAUAAUUUCAUGA